CCGAAAGAAUAAGAAAAUUCUGGACCAUGAACAGCCACCCGGCGACCAAAAAAAACCAUCUUGUGCUAGUGGUUCUUACCGAUCCCAAGCGACGUGGUCAUGUGGAUGAUCAAAAUCUGGAGAAUGAUAUCAGGCUUUUGGACAGCAAGUCAGUGUUGUUGAGAAUGCAAAAUAACUUAGCUAAGCCUGGUAAUCAAGUGAAUACUCCUCGCUACUACCGUCACUUGGAAUUCGAUGCCAUUGGCCAUGAUUUUGAGAAUCACAUCAGGGCGGAGCUAAGCGAUUUUAUUGGCCAAAUGUUCCGUCACCGACGCCAUGGAAGUCUGCUGCGUAUCACAAGCCAAAGGAACCACAACCCCAACCUUCUGACCCGCCUAUUGGUAACUGAGGUGGACAAAGUGAUGGUAUCAAUGCGCUGUCGUCUGAAAUCAGUUAACAUAGACUACUUUGAUGUCCGAAAAUUCGACAUGGUCAACAUGUUGGUGGAACCCAUUGCGGUUCCCAAUCGGCGAAGGGUCACACCUUCCGGAAAAAGUAUUCCCAGCACCAGGGAGCUGUUCCAGUGGCUAACCAAUGACCUUACCUCCAUAAGAGAUCGUGGAAUUGGCGAUGAUUAUCUGGACUUUGAGUUUGUGUACCGGGAUAGCUUGGCCUUGCAGCACAGGGUUCAUCUUUCAAUGUUUCACAUCUUCGGCAGCGAAAACCGACCCGAUUUGGUCGAGUUCUUUAGACAGUUGCCACAGGGCAGGCAAAAUGGUAGUACCCUUUUAAACGAUUGCUUAAAGGAGUCCUUCGACUUUAAGAGUCCCAAUUCUGCAGUGGUUAUGUUUGAACUGCCCAUAGCUCCCGAUCAAAGUGAUUCGAGGCGCAAGAUCUUGAAGCUGGCGGACAUAGCUUAUGGAUCCCUGGAGAAAUCCCGAAAAUUAAUUGCUAAAUCAGAACCGAAAUCAGUCUCCCAGAGUUCUAUUACUUUGAACAAGGUAAGCAGGGCCUCUGGAACCCGCAGCUGUGUGAGAUCAGUGCCUGACAUAUCCCUAGCCCAUUGGCGUCGUACUGCCAAGUUCUCUCAUGAGGACUACAAUGGUCUGGCCUACUGGUAUGGACGCAUAGAUUCCAAGUUUGCGGAGCUUAAACUGGCCAUGGAGCAGCAUUUUGUGGAUCUAUAUAGGCGGAAAAGUUUGGACCUGCGCAGUGAAAUUAGAUCUAUCAACCAAGAUCUGAGUGAGGAGAUCGACGAGAGUGGAGGCGAUGGAGCCAGGUUGCAAAGGCCACGCAGGGAAGUGGAUUCAACCAGGAAAAUAUACUCCGUCUUAAAGAAGGAAUUCAAAAGACUCGAAACUGAAGCAGAGAAAACCACCUUCGCCCCCACUUUGAAGGUCUACAUUAGCACAAAGAACUACGAACUUUCGGAGGCGGAGAAGGUCUUCAAGCAAAGGGAGAUCGAGAAUCUAAGGCUCGGUUUGAUCCAGUACAUCAAUACGCCGGACUCCAGCAUUUCCGGGGACUAGAAGUUUAACUAAAUGUCACCGUGACACCUGUGAUGUCUAGUGAAACUCCUUUUCCCAAGUGAAAACCUGAAAAAUAAAUAUUCAAUUGUCGAUUUACU